UCUUCCGGUUGGUAAUAAAUUUAGUAUAUAGGUCUCUGGUAUAGUUGAUGGGAACACCACAGGACUGAUUGUGUUAAUGACUGAAAUGGACAGCCAGAAUAAUCUCCUUAUUUGUAUCCUGCUGGUGAUUCAGAUCGCAGAUACGACCGGGAGUAAAUGCUCAGAUGCUGCAGACGUAAAUAAUUUACCGUAUAUCCGGAUGUGUGAGGACGGCAGCGUUACGUCAGACAGAGUGAUACUGGACACACACCUGGCCGGGGAAUAAGGGGAGACAACUUGUUCGUGUAGUGUUGACUCUACAUACAUCAUUAAUAUAUACAUAGAAUAUUACGGUAAUGGAUUGAACCCAAAUACGUCCGGAUGUGGUAGUGAAGUUGUAGUUAUCGAUAAUGGAUUUAAUUACAUAGAAGGACACUAUCAAUGUAAGACGUCUCCGGUGGUACCCGUUUAUAUAAAACCAGUGACUAUAACAUGGAAUGGGACACUUGGUGGGGAUUCAAAGUACUGUCUCAAUAUUACAGGUGUUGUAAUUCUACCUAAUACAUCCUUUACUAUGACAUGUUUUAAACCCGAUACUCCGAUGACGUCACCACCACCAUCACCAGCACCACCAAUAUCAAAAAUAGCAACCACUACAACGAAAUUUACAACAGGUGUCAAACGAAGCACAGACACUGAGGAAACAACAAUGUCAAUUCAAACAUCACAAGCCAACACACCUGAAAGUUCCUGUUAUUUUGAUGAAAAGGAAUACGUGUAUUUACCAGUCUACGCUUUAGCUAUAAUCAUCGUUUCCAUGUGUCUGGUAUCGCUUUACGCAGUGGUUGUCACAUUCCUCUAUCUAAGAAGAUAUUUGAAUUCCGAGAAACGACCUAACAAUAAUCCACGAUCCGCAAUACCCGAUGAAGGAGGCUAUGAAAACAUGCCAAUACCAUCAAAUACAGAGGGGACAUACGAAGGUUUAGAAUUAUCUCAGGUCAAUUUUACACCUAACACGUAUGAUGACCUCGGGAAUUCAGGCACGUGAUCAUAUGCUCAGUUAAAGUGAUGACCUGUGUCAUUCGACCUCUACGGAUGUAUUAGCCGGGGCAGCAUGGGAUUUUGCGAUGAUUUUAUUCGUCGACCUUACAUCAAAGCGCAGUCCCGGAUAUGUAUAAAAUCGAUUUAAGUUGAUACAUUAUUAUUUUUGACUUCCAGAAAUUAUGUUUGACGCUUCAAAAGUGUUUUGAAAGCGAUUAGGUGUAAAAUAUAUUUCUCCACGAACCCCGACAUAUCUGUACUAUACCGUAAUAUGUUCCAACAUAAACUCAGACAUUAACCCUGACAGAAUGUGGUGUACUUCCAUAUUGUAAUAUGUUUCACCAAGAAUGUCUACAAUCAACUCGGACAUUAACCCUGACAGAAUGUGUUGUACUUCCAUAUUGUAAUAUGUUUCACCAAGAAUGUCUACAAUCAACUCGGACAUUAACCCUGACAGAAUGUGUUGUACUUCCAUACUGUAAUAUGUUUCACCAAGAAUGUCUUCAUAAAGUCAGACAUUAACCCCGACAGAAUGUGUUGUAUUUCAAUAUUGUAAUGUUUUCCAGAAAUGUCUACAUAUACUAAAUGUACUUGUUUGCACUCGUUAUUACUAUAUGAUCAAUGACAUAUAUAUAAUCUGUAAGAAUGUAUACAUGUAACUCGUUCACAUAAUUAUCAUUGAUUAAUAUCCGUUAUUGAAAUACGAUUGUAGAUACAUCGUAUUGUGUACAAUGUCCACUUAUAUAAAGCAUUUAAUGCAUUCUAUUGUUUAUUUUAGUUUUGUGUGUAAAGACCCUGUUUAACGAUUAUUUUGUCAAUGUCUCCAUUAAAUGCUCAUUAUUUGUAGUUUGUCUGGUCAAAAGAACAGUGAGCUACCUACAUUUAUUUGUACCUGUUGCCAUUACGUCGAAAUGUCCCAGGAAUGUUUUCGAUUAAUCGGUUUGUGGUCACCAUCCAUAAAUAAUUUGUUUUCUUGGCCACUAUUUGAUUAUAGAUGGUUGGUCAAAUCGCCUUUCAUCUAUGGUUUAUCCGUUUCCAAACAGAUCUUGUUGGCUAUAUUUCUUAGUAGUAUCAGAGUGAUAUUUGAGGCCGGAUCGACCUCCGUUUAUACAAAAUUAUUCCCCUUCAUCCAAAAAUGCAUCAGCCCAGAUUUGGUCAAAAUCCGCAGAGCGUUAUGAUGAAAAGUUAAUUGAUGCACGACGUGUCAUAUUGUCCACUCACUGGUACUUCGGUACUGAAAAGUAUUGGAGUAAAUUUUCCGUCAAUAGUACCGAAAAUAUCGGCAAUCUAUAGGCAUACGUAUCAAUUUACUGUGUAUAAUUCGGUCGACAGCGAGUCCGUGAUCUGGUUUCCUCGAGUUAUACCUUUGGUAAUGAGUUCCAAGUAGGGUACUCUGCUGAUUUCAAUGAUAGACAAAUCUAAAUGCUGCUCAAGAAGCAUAACUGCAUCAAAUGCUUAGCCCAUCCCGAUUUGCUCUUUUGAGCCCCACACUUCCACCUUCAUGUAGGGUAGACAGUGAGCUUAUGUUAGUUUUAGGUGUAAAUUUUUGCUUUUAAAAUUUUAUAAUAUUGUAAUAUGAGUCGAGGAUAGACAUCACAGCAUUUCCCCUCUAUUUAUAUAUAAUUCUAUAGUUCUUGUAUUAAAUUAGUACAUGGUGAUUUCAUAUCAUAUCUGACAAACAAAGAAAGAAAAGAAAAAUCAUUAUUUUAGGGCCUUUUAUUAUUCAUUACUCUGAUAAGUAUAGCCGGUGAUCAAAAAUUAAAGCAAAGCGCUAAUAUUCAGCCCCACUUGUCGAAAUGAUUACUGAAAACAUUUGUGAGAGUGUUUUUAUAUUUUAUAUACACAUAUACUGUUGACAUGCAAUGGAAAUACAAUUAAAUAUUCCGAAUAUC